UGGUUGUGAAUGAGAUAGAUGUCGUGAACAACAUUCAAUCAACUGAUUUUACACUGGUUGUCAACAUAGGCACCUUGCCUAUGCAGAUGACUUUAGGUGAAGUAGGUGAAUCAAGUGUGGUUGCUAGGAGGAAUGUUGUUCCUACUAUAAACGAUGACGAUUUCAUUAACGAGGAGAAUGACGAUGGUGAUGCGUACUCUUCAGAUGAAGAAAUAAAUAAUGAAACCUAUGACAGUGAUGAUGAUGUUGUACAUGUAUAUUGUUCUAGUGAUGAAUCUGAUUGAUGAUGGCAGAAGUUGCGAGGGGACAUGGAGGAGACGGUGGGGAUAGACCUCCACACAGAGUCGCACGCGGUGUACCAUCGGGUUGCCAAUCUUUUACUAGGUCGAAACUUCUGCACACAAGUGCUCACGGAUGUAGAUUCUAUGCUCAACGACGUCAUUUAGAGGAUAAAAUGGGACUCAAGCCGCAACAUAUGGAGGGUUGGAGACAAAUGCGCUACAAAGAAGGUUCGGGUUGGUGUACAAAUCGAGUACAAGAAGAUUGGGAGAAAAUUCAAGAGGAAUAUGAGAAAAUGAAAAACGAGGAGUGGUAA